AUGUCACAGGCGCGAGAUGCGGCCGGAUGCGUACCACACGAAGUAUAUACACUGGACUUUGGGCAAUAUCCUCAACUGCGGAUAUUAGUGAUCUUUUAUGGUCUUGUUGGCCAGUGUCCGCCCAGAACGCUCCUCGUGACAGCCAAACCGUCUACCGACUAUAGUCAGAGAUGA